ACUUCGUCUACGCGUCCAUUCGCGUCGCGAUUUCUAAAUUAUUUCUGAAACGUUUGAGUCAAAUUCGACGAGCCCCUCGUGCGUAAUUGGUGUAAACGAUUCGGCACGUUUCGAAGACUACUUUAUUAUCUUUCUAUCACGCACAGGCGGUUAUCAAAAGAAAGGAAGAAACAUGUGUGUACGUACGUUGGUCGGUACCGAAAGUAGCGAGCCGGUAGUGGUAUACAAUAAUCAGAACAAGCUGCAAAAAGCAAAAGAGAAGUACAUGAAGCUACAUGAUGAUCUGGUCACCAAGGAAUUGGAGAUGCUCAAACAGCGGAAAACUCAGACAGUCUUCAUACCAGAACUUGCUGAUGACAUCUUGAGGGCAAGCACCAUAAACUAUAGCUCACUUUUGAAAGCGUUGUCCAAUUACUAUGAAGCUCUACAACAUACUAAGAUUUUCAAAAUUCUAUUUUACACGACGCAACCGGCUCAUGUAAUUAUGAUCGCAGCAGUCCUAUGCGUGACAUCGGCUCUUGUACCAACUACUGACAGAAUACACGUUAGUCAUCCUCAAUCGAGAAUAACAGCCUUUAUUUACCUAGCUUCAUUCGUGAUGCAUCUUGGUGCGCAAAUUUGGAUGACUUUUGUAUCAGGUCUUACCUUGUACUUCGCAUUGCCAAGACACACGUUUGGGGAGGUGCAACGUAUCCUGUUUCCAAGAUACUUCACCAUUAAUGCAUGCCUGAGUCUCACUACACUUCUUAUUUUCGUCAAACAUCAUCCUAUACACACAUGGAACACUGAAAUUGCCAUUCAGGUAGGUGGUAUGUCCAGUGCCUUUUUUCUAGAGUUACUGAUACGACUCUACUUGACUCCGCCUCUUCUACGGCUAAUAGUACAGAAGAAUACUCUAGAACGUGCUGCUGGUGUUGGGAACGAGAUUGGUGUUCACAAUCCUGGUCCUCUAAAACAUUGCCCCCACUAUUUAAAGAUUCAUCAAGCCUUUAGACGCGUCCAUGUUUAUAUAGCAAUGGGAAACAUGUUGACUAUGGGAUGUACGGUGUUACAUCUCCAUUAUAUAGCUAGUAAAUUAUGCUUUAUUUAAAAACACCGUUAGUCCCCUAAGUAAUGAGUUUUACUGAAUAUAUCUGUAUUCAGAAUCCUCUGAAGAGUACUAGUACACUAGUACAUUAGCAAAGAAACGCUAAUAUGUACUGCUUUCAAUGUCAUAUAGUGUUUGCUUCUCAAUACAGAAGAUAUUUAGAUUCAAUACAGAAAUAUCCGAUAUGUUCUUUGAAAGAAAAAAAGCAAUUCAUAAGGCUGAUGAAUAUGCUUGCAAAAGAACGAAUUGAGUAUUCUAAAAUGCGUUUAGAAUUCUCUACAUAUUCAAAAAGAUUGAAAAUACUGAACUUGAUCUAUAUCCCUGUAGAACGAGCGUUCAGUAAUUUAGGCAUUACAGUAAAAUGAAAAAUUUAUACUUUCUAGAAUUCCCCCAAAAGAACAUGAUUUGUUAAUUUACUAUUAACGCGAUGCAUUAAUUAUAAUAAAAAUGUAACGAUAUACGAAUGACGAUAAACGUAACUCUUUUACGUUUAACCGUGAGAUAAUUACUGUUUUGUCGUUGAUCACCUAAUCUCUUAUUUGUUCCUCCGGAAAAGAAGUGCAAUGUGCGUGUUUGUAGUUCGUACGUGUGCCUCCAGUUAAAAUGCAAGAGAAUCACUUGGCUAAGGAAUGAAUGAAUCAUGGAACUAGUAAAAAAAAAACAAAAUAUACACUUUACAGUGAGAUAAAGUACAUGUUAUUAGCCCUUAUUUUUUACAUAUAUAUAUACAUAUAUAUGAAAUUUAAUGGAAUAUUCCUAACGAAAACAAGAUAAAAUAGGUCUUGCCAAAGUUUAAUGUAAAUUACUGAUAGGGAUAAUACCUUUAAAAUUUAUCCGACGUAGCUAUAUGUAUAAAUAUGCCUUUUAACUAUUGACGUUAAAUUGAGAAAAAGGAAAGAAACACAAGGUCAUUGACUAUGUUAAAUAAAUAGAUAGUGAAAGGCUUGCUCUGCAUCAGAGUUAUUGAUAUUUAUUGAAAUAGCGAUAGCAUUAUAAUAGUUUAAUCCUAUAUCUGUGUAAAGUUAUCAGAUAUUUAAUGGAAAACGAAAGGGAGAUUAUCGUGAAAAAUUAAUGUAUUAAUUGACUAAUAUUUUGUCUCGCACACACAUUUCAUUAUUGUAAAUAAUGCAUCUCGCUCAUUAUGUAGUUGUAAAUUAUAAAACACUUGAGUACCAAUAUAAAUCGUACUUUUCUAAAACAUAAA